ACAACUUUGGCAAUCGGAGAUGGUGCAAACGAUGUUGGAAUGAUUCAAGAAGCUGAUAUUGGUGUAGGAAUCAGUGGCGUUGAAGGCAUGCAGGCUGUAAUGGCAAGUGACUUCUCCAUAGCCCAGUUUCGGUUUCUUGAGAGACUACUUGUUGUCCACGGACACUGGUGCUACAAACGAAUAGCUCAGAUGAUUUGUUAUUUCUUCUACAAGAACAUAACAUUUGGUCUAACUCUCUUCUACUUCGAAGCCUUUACGGGGUUUUCUGGCCAAUCAAUUUACAAUGACUCCUACUUAUUACUCUUCAACGUUGUUCUCACUUCUCUCCCCGUCAUUUCCCUCGGAGUUUUUGAACAAGAUGUUCCAUCUGAUGUCUGCUUACAGUUCCCUGCAUUGUAUCAACAAGGCCCCAAGAACCUCUUCUUCGACUGGUACAGAAUCCUUGGAUGGAUGGGGAAUGGAGUUUACGCAUCCAUAGUCAUCUUUACACUAAACCUUGGAAUCUUCCAUGUCCAAUCAUUCCGCUCAGAUGGCCAAACCGCAGACAUGAAUGCCAUGGGAACCGCUNCAAUCGAAGAAAUAAAUAUUGCAUGUGAUUUAAACGAAAAAUGGUCAGACGAGACAUAUGUUUCACAAAGUUGA